AUGUUUCUCAAAGUUGGCCGGACAACUCGCCAAUUUGUUUCUCAUACAAAAGAUGUUCUCUCCGUUGCUUUUUCUGCUGACAAUCGUCAAAUAGUUUCUGGAUCGCGUGAUAAAAAGAUUAAAUUGUGGAAUACUCUCGCACAGUGUAAACACACGAUUGUGAAUGAGUGCCAUACAGAUUGGGUUUCAACUGUUCGUUUCUCUCCGUCCAAUACCAAUCCGGUCAUCGUUUCUGCUGGAUGGGACAGAAUUGUUAAAGUUUGGAAUUUGGGAACAUGCCAAUUGAAGACGAACCAUAUUGGGCAUGGAGGUUAUAUUAAUUCUGUUACUGUUUCGCCUGAUGGGUCGCUUUGUGCUUCGGGAGGCAAGGAUGGUUCAGCAAUGCUUUGGGAUCUUAAUGAAGGCAAACAUCUUUACACUUUGGGUGGAAAUGAUGUAAUAAAUGCUUUGGCAUUUUCUCCAAAUCGUUAUUGGCUUUGUGCUGCUGUUGGCCCAGUUGUUAAAAUUUGGGAUCUUGAAGACAAAACUGUUGUGGAUGAAUUGAAGCUUGAUAUUGCAACAGCUACAACAGGAAAGAAGCAACCAUCACCUCCACAAUGUACAUCACUUGCUUGGUCUUUGGAUGGUCAAACUUUGUUUGUUGGGUAUACAGACAAUCUUAUCCGUGUUUGGCGUGUUUCUGCUCGUUAA